AUUUAGUUCUAACCCAUUUCCAAUAACUUCAGGAUGAACUGCCACAGUGUGCCCUUACAGGGACCAGUGUCAUUCAAGGACGUGACUGUGGACUUCACCCAGGAGGAGUGGCAGCGACUGGACCCUGCCCAGAAGGCCCUCUACAGGGACGUGAUGCUGGAAAACUACUGUCAUUUCAUCUCGGUGGGAUUUCACAUAACAAAGCCUGACAUGAUCCGCAAGUUGGAGCAAGGAGAGGAGCUGUGGACAGAGCGAAUGUUCCCAAGUCAGAGCUAUCUGGAAGAUGAAGAGGUUUUGGUGAAGUUCAGAGACUACCAAGACAAGCCUCCUACAUCAAUCGUGAUCAUCAACCACAAGAAGCUAAUUAAGGAGAGGAACAAUGUUUAUGAGAAAACACUAGGCAAUAACCAUAUUAUUUCCAAAACACUGUUUGAGUAUAAAUCUGAUGGGAAAGUUUUGAAAAACAUCUCAGACUUCAUCAGUAGAGAUAUAAACCCUGUAAUGGGGACACUGGGUGACAGCAGUGAGUGGGAGGAGUCAGUCCUGACUUCAGAGCAAGAGAAAACUCAUCCUGUCCCAACUCUCUAUAAACAAAUCGGAAGGAAUCUGAGCUCCAGCCUGGAGCUCGCUCAGCACCAGAAGACCCAGAUUCCGGAGCAGCGGUUUGAAUGUGAUGAAUGUGACAGCUCCUUCCUCAUGACAGAAGUGGCAUUUCCACAUGACAGAGCUCACAGAGGGGUCAGGGACUUCAACUACAGUAAAGAUGAAAUUGCUUUUUUUGAGAAGUCAGACCUUGGGAUUCACCCACAUAAUCUUAUGGAAAAGAAAUGUUCUACAUACAACAAAUAUGGGAAACUCCUUUGCAGAAAGUCAGUUUUUGUUAUGCACCCCAGAUCUCAGGUGGACGAGAGGCCCUUCCAGUGUCCUUACUGUGGGAACAGCUUUAGAAGGAAGUCCUACCUUAUCGAGCAUCAGAGGAUCCACACAGGUGAGAAGCCCUAUAUUUGCAGUCAGUGCGGGAAAGCUUUCCGUCAGAAGACAGCUCUGACGCUCCAUGAAAAAACACACACAGACGGGAAGCCUUACCUCUGUGUGGACUGUGGGAAGUCCUUCCGCCAGAAGGCCACCCUCACCAGGCACCACAAAACACACACGGGGGAGAAAGCCUACGAAUGCACUCAGUGUGGAAGUGCCUUUGGGAAAAAGUCCUACCUCAUCGACCAUCAGAGGACUCACACAGGGGAGAAACCCUAUCAGUGCGCUGAGUGUGGGAAGGCGUUUAUCCAGAAGACAACGCUCACAGUGCACCAGAGGACUCACACAGGGGAGAAGCCCUACAUGUGCAGCGAGUGUGGGAAGUCCUUCUGCCAGAAGACGACCCUGACCCUCCAUCAGCGGAUCCACACUGGCGAGAAGCCCUACGUCUGCAGUGACUGUGGGAAGUCCUUCCGCCAGAAGGCUAUCCUCACUGUGCACUACAGAAUACACACAGGGGAGAAGUCCAACGGCUGUCCCCAGUGUGGUAAAGCCUUCAGUAGGAAGUCAAACCUCAUCCGCCACCAGAAAACUCACACAGGAGAAAAACCCUAUGAAUGUCAUGAGUGUGGAAAAUUCUUUAGUUGUAAAUCGAACCUCGUCGCCCACCAGAAAACUCACAAGGCAGAGACGGUGAGAUUUCAUCUUGUGAUUACAGAUGUGUCACCAUACUCAGCUUAUAAGGUCAUUCAGCCUUCGUAAGGAUCUGCUCCAUGGUGGCUGGAAUAGGAACGGCCCCCAUAGACUCCUGUGUUUGAAUGCUUGGCCACGGGGAGGUGCACUACAAGAGGGGUGGCCUUGUCGGAGGAAAUGUGUCACUGUGGAGGCAUCUUUGAGGUCCCUCGUGCUCAAGCUACACGUCUUGUGGCACGGUCUCCUGCUGCCUGCAGAUGAAGAUGCAGCUUGAUCUCCAGCACCAUGUGUGCAUGGACGAGCACGCCAUGCUUCCCGCAUGACAGCAACGGACUGAAGCUCUGAACCGUAAGCCAGCCCUAAUUCAGCGUUUUCCUUUAUCAGAGUCAUGGCAUCUCUCACAGCAGUAAACUCUAAGAUAGGCUGCUAUCAUUUGAAGACUCAUAAGACCCCACAGAACACACCCUCAUCACACUUUUGGGGAGGGAGCUGCAUAUCAUGCGGACGCAAGCUGCCUGCCGUCCUUAGCACUCAGGACGGCUCCACAUGCUGCUGUCUCCAGUGCGAAUGCGCGGGAAGUUUUGCUUUGUGGAUGCUCCAAGCAGAAGCUCUCUGCAAGAACCCUCAGCCCACGAGUCCACGUCAAGCCAGGCUGGUGGUGGUGAUUUCAGAUGCACCAAUAAGCAGAUUGGUUUGGGUGGUGGUGGGCCUUCCAGCCUGAAGACAUGAGAGCUUUGCAGCCCAACUAUACAUUAACUCCAUCUUUGAUUAUGGGUUCCUGGUGAUAUGUGUGAACAAAUGUGCCCCUUUACUCUCUGUGUCCCCAUCUGUUAAUGAUCAGUGCGUCUUAGGCGUGACCUGUCUUGUGAGAUGUUCUCCCAGUACUAUCUGAGGUAACCAGGCUUCCACUGCCACACUUCACAAGAAAUAAGAAACAGCACAUAUUUCUGGCCUCAGCUUUUGUCUCCAACAUCUACCUCUGGGAUGUUCAGCCACUUGAAAUAGUUAGCAGUUGAUGAUCCUGAACUUUCCACCACCCUGGUGAAUGAACAAGAGAAGAUGCUCACUGGCUUGGCACAACCUCCUCCAUAUUGCUAAACGAACUGCAAAGUGCCUCAGCCACCCUGGAAAACAAGUCGUCAAUCUCUUAAAAAGUUAAAACAGUCAUGGGCAUUGUAGAGCCAUGGCAGCUUCUAGGUAAGGGAGGAGCAAAACUCCUUCGGCCUCGUCACAGCCUAGGACAGCUGAUGCAUUAAGAGAACAGAUGGGACAGAAGAAAUGGCUCAGCGGUUAAGAGCACUAACUGUUCUUCCAGAGGACCUGAGGUCAAGUCUCAGUGACCACAUAGUGGUUCCAGGACAGCCAGGGCUACACAGAGAAGCCCUGUCUUGGGAAAAAAAAAAAACUUUAAAAGUAAAAUUUUCAAUGGAAAAAACCAACCAAAAGAUAAAACACGCACUUCCCAUGUGACCUGAAAUUUCACUUGUAUUUUCCAUCCCUUGGAUAAAUGAAAACAUCUUCACAAGAGCAAAUGCUAAUGGGCAGUGUCACAGAUAGUUCCUCAAAAUCUGAAAGGAGCCAAGAGCUCUUCGAGGGGUGAGUGUGCACACUGUGUCACAUGAGCAAGAUGGGCGGGCACCGCGAGACUAUUGGAGCUCUCCAGUGUUCAACUCUGCUAAUAAACUUCAAAUGAAUUAAGCUACAAGCAGAAGCUGUCUAAAAGGUUACAAGUUGUGUGACCCCACUUACAUGAGAUUCUGAAAACGGCAAGAACAUCACAGGAUUGGUGAGAGUUCACUGAGUACUUGGUGUGGGGAGGAUCUUGGGGCAGAAGCAAUGCAUGAGGGUGUCCUUUGAGGUGUUGGAGUGCUUUCAUGUUCUCACUGUGGUCAGAUACAAAGAUACACAUGUAUAAAAUUACAAAUAGAAGUGCAAAAAUAAAUCGCAUUGUUUGUAAGUUUUCUAAAACAAA